AUGGGAGAGAAGCAGAAGAAGACCACCUCGAAGGUUGGGAACUCGGCUGCGAGUGUGGACGUUGCUCCUGGGGAACAGUACAUAGGAACAGAAUUGACUCCGUCGAACCGUAGGCGAUUGGUACGCAAGAUUGAUUGGAUCCUCAUGCCGCUUAUGGGAAUUUCCUACAUGCUUCAAUUUCUUGAUAAACAGGCAUUAGGGCAAUCCACCCUCAUGGGCAUCAUUCCAGACCUGAAAAUGACGGGUAAUCAGUAUUCAUGGUCCGGCUCGAUAUUCUACUUCUCCUACCUCGUCUUCACCUACCCGUUGUCGAUGCUCAUGGUCAGACUGCCGCUGGGAAUGUUCAUCGCUUUGUCAGUACUUCUUUGGGGAGCCGUACUGGCUUGUCAUGCUGCUGUAUCCACCUUUGCCGGCAUCAUGGUGGUUCGUUUCUUUCUCGGUGCAACCGAGGCCGCUGUGUCACCUGGCUUUAGCCUGAUCACCGGCAUUUGGUAUACAAGACAAGAACAGCCUUUGCGUCAUGGCUUCUGGUUUGCAGGGAAUUCUGUUGCUACGGCUUUCGGCGGCCUGGUGGCCUAUGGGGUAGCUCAAAUUGACGGAUCAUUGCCUGCAUGGAAGUGGUUUUUCAUUAUAUACGGCCUGAUCACCAUGGGUUGGGCGGUUGUAUUGCUCCUCUUUCUCCCAAACUCCAUUUCUUCCGCACGGUUUCUUGACAGCUCUGAACGCCGAAUAGCGGAGGAGCGAACGCAAGUCAACCAAACCGGGACCAAAAACAGCAUUUUACAAUGGCAUGAGUUUGGUUCACUGGUACUCGCCGGGUUUGGAUAUUCGACUCUGCAUGUCUACCUCUUGCAAAUACCUAUGGGUGCCGUCCAUGGCUUGUUUGUUGUAGGAAGAUGUCAUAACAAUGGCGCCCGCUUGUUUGGCAUGUUCAUCUUCUCGGCCUACGCAGCUGGUAUCCCAAUGACCCUAUCGAUGAUUUCUUCCAACGUUGCAGGGUUUACCAAGAAGGCCACAGUCAGUGCGAUGAUGUUCGUCGCAUAUUGCAUUGGCAAUAUCGUGGGCCCAUUCUUGUUCCUCUCCCGUGAAGCACCGGCGUAUAAAAGCGGGUUCAUAUCUAUCAUUAUCUGCCUCGCUGUUGCUACUGUCCUCGUUCUUGUUUUGGGGCUUACCUGGCGGUGGGAAAAUCAUCGACGAAACCAAAAGUACGGACCGCCCGUUGAAGUCGUCGCUAUACACAACGAAGGAAAGACCGGAACCAUUUCCGCGGUGGCAGUGGAGGACUUGACGGACGUCCAUAACCACAAUUUUCGCUAUGUAUUCUGA